CCGGGCGGCCGCGGCGUGGAGGUGUGCUGUCGGCUGCGUGGGGCCCCGCGGGUCCGGCCUCGGUCACGGAGGGACCGUAAGGACCGUGUGGUCCCGUCCCUGCUGUGGGCAGGGACAUCUGCCUCGGUCGGGCCGUGUCCCCUCGCCACCCCCGGUGAGCCGCGGCCUGCGCUACCCUCCUCCCCGCGGAGGUGCGAGCGGGUGUGAGAGGCUGCUCCGGGUUCUCACCCCAAACACCUUCCCGGUUUGGUUUGGUUUCUGUUUGUCCCCCUGAGGUGGACUGCGUCUCAGGAAAAGUCUUCUUCAGCACAGAGGCGGAGCUGGGCGAGCUGAGGAAACUCAAGUCUGGAGAGCGACUGUUUUUGAUGCUUAAAAAACAUCCCCCACUUGCAGUUUCUAGAAAUAAAGGGAAAAUGCUGCAUGAGAUUAAAAGCCUUGUCAUUGAUGAACCAAAGUAUUGGCUGGAUGGUCUCUCUAUUUGGAAAAACAUUCAUGGGUGUGAGGAGGAAAAAAAUUAUAUGUCUCAAGAAAACCAUUUGCCUCUCAAGAGAAAAUCACAAGAAGAGACAAAUACUGCAACUAAAAAGCAGAAAACGGAACAGACUAUGUCUGAGGCAUGUCAAGUGGAAGCUGCAGAGAGGUAUAUGUUGCCAGAGAGAAAGAUUGAUCAAGACUGCUGGACUGAAAGUAAGACUUACUUAGAAGACCCUUCAAAAAGCAGUGGAGAGAAGCCUGUUGUGAAUGAGAAGCUUAGUUUCAGAGUUUCGUGUCGUUGUAGUGGAGCAGUUGCCAAAAUACUUCAUUCACAGGAGAUUGGAAGAGCUGUUGGCAUAACGCUCAUGAAGCAGUUUGGCUGGCGGGCUGAUCUGCGGGACCCCGAUCUAGAGAUCUUCAUACAUCUUAAUGACAUUUACUCAGUGAUAGGGAUUCCUCUUUUCAGGCUUUCAUUAGCAAACAGAGAGUAUAUCAGAACAGCAGGACUGCGGUCAACAAUUGCAUGGGCCAUGGCAUCUCUGGCUGAAAUCAGUGCAGGUGCCUUUGUGCUGGAUCCCAUGUGUGGGCUAGGAACGCUACUGCUGGAAGCUGCCAAAGAGUGGCCUGAAGCCUGUUACUGGGGCGCUGAUAUAAGUGAUUCACAGUUAGAGGGUGCAGAUGUCAAUAUUAGGACUGCAGACUUGAUGGAUAAGAUUGAGUUACUGAAAGCUUCUGUGAAAGCAUUGCCCUUGCCUUCAGAAAGCUUUGAUGCUGUGAUUUCGGAUAUUCCAUUUGGGAAGAAGUUCAAGGUCACAAAAGACAUACAGCUCCUACCAGAUAUUCUCCAGGAAAUGGAGAGAGUACUUCGUGUUGGAGGGACUGUUGUAUUGCUGCUGAGCCAAGAUCUCUGUAAGCAUAUGGAUGGCAUUACCAAGUGUGCUGAAAAUGACUCUCCUAAUGCCGUUUCUGAUAGCACAAGUGAAACUGCCACUGCAAAAGCCCUGAAUAUUGACAGGGAUUCUUCUUCCUUGAUGAAUGGUGCUGAAGAAUCCUUUCUCAGCAGCCGACAGACACAGUUUGGGAGUCUGGUGCCAGAUGGCAUCUAUGGGGUUAGUCUUGGAAAGACAGAUGCUUUCAUAUACAGAUGCAGGAAGAUCUCUACUGUUGGGAAUCAGCAGAUUUCUUGCACUAUGCCAAAGUGACCUUGAAUCCCGAUACAGCUGAAAAGCAGCAUGACAGUCAUCUGGUAAAGGCCUGCUGAUCCAAGCCCUGUACCAUUUGUUAGCUUACCACAUUUUCUGUGGAUGUCCUAAGGUGCUGCUUUUCUCUUUGUUUUUUAGGAGAGGUGGAAGAUGCCUGUUAGUGUUUCAGAUGUUUUUACUGUAAAAUACUGUAACGAGAGUCAUCAAAUCCUUGCUUAGGGAAUGCCUCUCAGUAUUGGGAGGAGUUCCUUUGGGAGAGAAAAGCUUCAUUUGCAGAACUACAAAAACAAAUGUGAUAAUACUAAGUGCAAAUGGAUUUUCACUUUCAGCAGGGUUGGUUUUUUUAGGAAGCACAUCUUAUCUGAAGAAGUCUCCAACUGUUUUUGAGGGCUGGGUGUAUGCUUUACCUUGCAAUCUUGUAUUUUAUUUUGUAGCUUGUUUCUGCUGAGUUUGAAAUGUCACUAUUCAGAUCUCUUGGAGUGGAAAAUAAACUAUUUUCUGUAUUAA